UACGGUCAUCAUUGAGGACUGCGUCGCGUGGGGCUGACUCAGUCUGUCUGACGUCGCUUUGCUCAGUCGUUUAUUGCUAAAAUAAAAAGGAGAAGAAGCACUUUACGGUCUCUAACACUAGCUAGCCGGACACACAGCUAAUGCUAACGUUAGCAGCCUGUUAGCCGCCUGAGGAGGUAGCAGCACUUUAACUUGACAGAAACUUCUGGAAGCGCGAGGUUAGCUUGGCUCCCGUCUCUCCUGUCGCAGCAGAAACACUGACCAGAGUUCUGCUCAUGGGUGACAAAGAGGAGACGAUGGACGUCUCUGAGAACCAUGACAGUUCACCAGCAGCGAAGAACGGACGAACCUCGUUGCUAGACAGCGGGGAGGACUUUGAAGUGUUGGACGAAGAAGACAUCGACGACGACCCCCCUCCUCUGGAAGAUGCUGGAGGAGGGAAGGGGAAAAGCACAGAUGGGUCUGACAAGAGAAAUGAAGACACAGAUUCGGAUCCCCCAGGCCAAGUCGAUGAAUGGAUGGAUGUUCUAGGUAAUGACCAGCUGAAGAAAAAAGUCCUGGAGGCAGGGGAAGGAAGAGACAGUCGGCCACAGAAAGGACAGAAUGUCAAGAUUAAUCUGAAGACCUCCCUGAAGGAUGGGACACUGGUAGAGGAGCAGUCUGACGUAGCUUUCACUUUGGGAGACGGUGAUGUCUUCCAGGCUCUGGAUCUCACGGUGCAGCUCAUGGAAAUGGGAGAGAAGGCGCUCAUCCAUACAGAUGCAAAAUAUGCAUAUGGCACCCGGGGGAGUCUCGAACCCAAGGUCCCUCCCAAUGCUGAGCUGUGCCUAGAAGUGGAACUGCUGGAGGCUACGGAUGCUCCUGACCUGGAGCUGCUGCCCCCUACAGAAAAGAUUGCCCUUGCCAGCCAUAAGAGAGAGAGGGGCAACGUUCAUUAUCAGCGCGGGGACUACGCCUUUGCUGUCAACUCGUACAGCAUUGCCCUGCAGAUAACAGAGUCUAGUUCCAAAGUUGACAUUACUCCUGAGGAGGAGGACGAGUUGAUGGAUGUGAAAGUUAAGUGUUUAAACAACAUGGCGGCCUCUCAGCUUAAACUGGACCACUAUGACGCAGCACUUAAAUCUUGUGUCUCAGCUCUGGCCCAUCAGCCGGAGAACAUAAAAGCACUUUUCCGCAUGGGCAAGGUAUUGGCCUUGCAAGGUGAAUACACAGAAGCCAUUCAAACUUUGAGGAAGGCGCUGAAGUUGGAACCAAGCAACAAGACGAUUCAUGCAGAGCUCUCCAAGCUGGUGAAGAAGAACUCAGAGCAGAGAGGAGCAGAGCAGGCCAUGUAUAAGAAGAUGCUGGGUAACCCCACUAGUAGCAACAGCGGCACACAGAAACACCGGGCCAAGUCUUCAUGGGGUCUCAGCUGGAAGUGGCUAUUUGGUGCCACUGCGGUAGCCAUCGGGGGUGUAGCGCUAUCCGUGGUCAUAGCUGCUAGAAAUUGAACCACGCCUGUAGUGAUCGUCUGACCCCUGCAAUGUGAGAACCCAUACACAGAAGCACAUCUGGCAGUGCCUUCUUACCUUUGCUCAAAGGGGGUGGAAAUGUCUGUCGGGUCAGUCACCUCUUCACUGUCACUCUCUGCUAUGUUUGAGAAGUUUAACGCUAUAUAUAAAUAAUUAAACAUCAAUGUUUGCAUAUGGGAAAUGUUAUUUCCAAUCGUAUGGAUGUUCAUGCAUAUCAGUCACAUUGCCAGACAUUGGGUUUUUUUCAGUUGUUGCCAUUGUUGUUGUCUUUGGUAGUUGAUGUUGGAAAUUGAAAUAUAGUUUAUCGUAGAUCCCAGAUAGAAGAUAUUUAUAAAAUAUUUUUCCCAGUAAAGUUAUGUUAUAGUUUUACAGUAUCAGAUAACGCUUAACAUUCAAGGGGGAACACAUUUCACGUUGUUUUAAUUGUGGUACAAAGUUUUAUGUCAACUUGGUGUAUUGCAGAUUGUCUGUUUGAGGUUCACACACUGGAAGAUACUUUGCUUGUUUGUUACUCUUAUAUGACUCCAUUCAUACAGUGACCAGAGAAAUCAAGACAAACUUACAACUGUCCUACAAAAAUGCACUACCUUACUUGAGGCUUUCGUUCAUUGUUGACACCAUUUCUUUAGUUGUUAGCGUGUUGAGUUUGAACGUUGUGUUAUUUGGCUGAGGAGAAGUGUGUUAGACUUGUCUUCAGAAAAACCUCAAUGCAGUUACAUGGUAAAUGGUCGGUAUUUAUAUGGAGCUUUUCUAGUCUUGAUGACCACUUAAAGCGUUAAGUGGCUUCAAAAUGCACCAUGGAACUGAAUCAUCAACAUCUAUCUGAUUAUAAUCCAAUGCUUUUAUACUCUCAGUCCCUCAUGUAUAAGUACUUUAAAGUGUCAGCUAAUGUAGAUAUACUGUACUGAAUGUUCAACAUUCCUAAAUGAGUCAUUUCAUGUUGAGGUUUAGCUUUUACCUUUAAAACAGGCAGAUAAUGGUAUGUGAAGUUUCUCUGUAUUAUGACUGUGAAUAAUACUGAAGGAUAGUUUAUUUUUAUUAUCCAAUUCCAGAUUGAAUUUUUCAUGAUUAAGACCAAAUGCUGAAAGAUGACCCCUCAAGUACCAUGUUUAUUUCCCUCUUUAUCCUCUUACAUUUUUCUGCAUUUCUCUGUGAGUUUAAAUUAUAAUCUUUUGAUUGUUUAUUUAUUACACUGUUUUUGCUAUUUGCUUUCAUACAUUUAGUAAAUGUGAUUCCACCAAAUCUGUGGCUUCUUCAAUGUACAGUCAGUUCUACAGAGCCAAAAGUUGCUUAAAACUUGACGAUAAACAAUGUGAUGAUGAUAAAGUCCCUUGCAUUCCCUGCAUUUGUUAAUUUUAUAUUUAUCUCAAUAAAAAGAUGUUUCUGUU